AUGUUCAAUGGAUUCCAGAAUAUGUAAAGAACCAAAGAAGAUAAAGAAAUGCAUAUGCAAAUCAAAAAAGCUCCAAUUACAGUAAAGCUAGAGAAUGGAAAGUAAAAGAUGACGUCAAACGCAGAAAUAAUUAAAUAAAAGGCUAUAAAUAUCAGCUACAAAUAUUUAGCAGUAUUUUAGAAACCAUAAUCAUUUGAUUAAAUUAGAGAGAAAUAAAAAGUGCAAACAAUUUUGAUGAUAUUAGAGAAGGCAUAAAUAUUAGUCCUGUUUAACCUAAUUAGUCCUUUACUCUCCAUUAAUAAAGAUUAUUCUGAAAAUUAAGUAAUAUUCAGGCUGAAUAAAAUUGUAAGAACCAAGUUAAGGAUAGAAAAUAUUUAGAUAAAUACUUUUUUAAUACUUUCUUAUGUUUCAUCUACAUUUGCUUCUUAAGAAGAAAAUUAGCUGCAAAGAAGUAUAGUUUGCAGCAAAGGUAUUAAAAUAACAUAAUUAAAACAGUGA